AUGGCGGCAAUUGACUCCCCCGUGACAAACGGGCACAAGUCCGAAAAAAAGAGCAAGAAGGAGAAGAAGGAGAAGAAGCGCUCGCGCGAGGAGGACGUCGACGGCGAGGAGCGCAGGCACAAGCGAUCCAAGAGCGUGGGCGUGACCAACGAAGAUGCCCAAGACGACGACGAUGAUACCCCGGCCGGCUCACAGGACCUCUCCCACGAGGCCUCCGCAAAGACCAACGGCGAGCGAAAACACAAGAAGGACAAGAGCAGGAAGUCAAUAGGCGAGGCCGACGACGCUUCCGACGCCGAGCGCAAGGAAAAGAAGGACAAGAAGAAGAAGCGCAAGUCCCAAGGACUCGAGGAUGCCGUUGUCGAAGAGCCUUCGAGCGGGAAGAAGGAGAAGAAGAGCAAGAAGUCCAAGGCCGCGUCGCCAGAGCCGGUAGUAGCAGCAGCCGACGACGACGACAACGCCAUGGACGUCGACGAGCCCGAGCAGACGAAAUCAACAUCCCGAGUCCACCAACCGCCAGACACCCCCUCCAAGCCCCAGUACCCCUUCUUCUCCCAGACCGUCUCGCUAUACCUCCCGAUCUACCCCAUAGGCUGGGACACUCCCUGCACCUCCGCCGCGACCCAGCACCUCGAGCCCCUCGUCAACCGCUACGUCCCGGAGCUCAAGGGCGUGCUCCUCGCCUUCCGCAACGUCGCCCUCUCGGAGCAGCCCGGCCGCCGACACGCCGCCACCACCGACAGCGAGCGCUGCGACCUCGUCUCCGUCGACGAGUACGCCGUCGGCUUCGGCUACGUCACCGUCGACGUCGACCUCUUCAUCCCCCGCCGCGGCGCCUGGAUGGAGGGCAGCAUCAACCUCGAGAACGAGGGCCACAUUGGCGUCGUGUGCUGGGGCAAGUUCAACGCCAGCAUCGAGUCCGCCCGCCUGCCGCCCGAGUGGCGCUGGGUCCACGCCGGCUCCGCCGAGGCCGCGGAGUACGCCGCCGACCCCUUCGCCCAGGACGAGAACGCCGAGGCCGACGCCGCCGAGAACGAGCACGGCGCCGUCCGCCAGAUCCACACCACCGGUUUCUGGGUCGACGGCAACGGGGACAAGGUCAAGGGCCGCGUCCGCUUCCGCAUCAAGGCGUUCGACGUCGGCGUCAGCGGCGACCACGGCUACCUCAGUCUCGAGGGCACGAUGCUGGACGCCGCGGGCGAGGCGGCGGCCGUCCAGCGCGACGCCGAGCAGGAGCGCCGGCGCAGGGUGGGCAAGAGCGGCGGCAUCCUCAGCAAGGAGCGGCGCCGCAUGCCCGAGUUCAGCGUGACCAAGUUUGGCGUUGUCGAAGAUGAGGAGGAGAAGGCGCUGAAGCAGGACGUGUGGAACACGACGGCGCCCGUGACGGACGACGAGGGCAAGGAGAAGGAGAAGGAGAAGGAGGCGUUUGGUGGCAUUUCGGAGGAAUAG